UUGAGACGUUGUUCAAAGGUAGGGAGUUGUCGGGGUCGUGAUGGUUGAGGGUUGGUUGAAUGAUCAGCAGGAUGGUUCCCCGCGUGUGGUGGUUGUCGGUGAAGUGGUCUCUGAAAGUGGGCGCAAAAAGUGAUGCUCUCGCAAGGCGCUUCGCGAUAACGAUGGCAAUCGCGAUGUCAAAGUCGACGGGUGUGGGUACGCGUUCCUGGCGCCGGAACCCGUGCGGCGCCGUGGGGGAAGGUGCUGAAAUUGACAGUUGUGAGUGGUCGGACGGCUGUCAAAAAGGACGCUAUGACGCUUCGGUGGGUUCAAACGGACAUCGACGUCAGGUGGGGGGUGGGACGAGAGAGAGACGCUGAGGGACUAACUACCCCGCCAUCGGCCUUCCCAACAAGUUCCUUUUGCGCUGAACCAAGCUUGGAAUCUUUUUUUUUUCGGCUGGCUGAAAAGAUCCUGAUCAUCUGAGGUUUUAUCCCGCAUCUUCCAGGUUAUCAAUUUAAAUCCUACAAUUCCUCAAGAAGUCGUGGUGUCAUUGAGCCGCCCUCCAGUUAAACCCGAACCCUACACCUACGAAGAACCCACCUAGCUACAAAGCUUCCAAAAAGUAAACAUGGCUCCCGAUCACAAGGCUUGCCUGAUCGUGAUUGACGGCUGGGGUAUCCCCUCGGAGGAGUCUCCCAAGAAUGGCGAUGCUAUUGCUGCCGCCGAAACCCCCGUCAUGGACGAGUUCUCCAGGAGCGCCACCGGAUUCACCGAGCUCGAUGCCUCCUCCCUCGCUGUCGGCCUCCCUGAGGGGCUGAUGGGCAACUCCGAAGUUGGCCAUCUCAACAUUGGCGCCGGCCGUGUCGUCUGGCAGGAUGUCGUCCGCAUCGACCAAACGAUCAAGCAGGGCAAGCUCGCCGAGAACGAUGUGAUUAAGAAGGUUAUGGAGGCGGCCAAGAACAGCAAUGGCCGUCUUCACUUGUGCGGUUUGGUCUCGCAUGGUGGUGUGCACGCCAAGCAAACCCAUCUUUAUGCUCUCCUCGAGGCUGCCAAGCAGUAUGGCAUCCCCAAGGUCUACAUCCACUUCUUUGGUGAUGGCCGUGACACCGACCCCAAGUCCGGUGCCGGUUACCUGGAGGAACUGCUCGCCAAGAUCAAGGAGCUUGGUAUUGGUGAGAUUGCCACCAUUGUCGGCAGGUACUAUGCCAUGGACCGUGACAAGAGAUGGGAACGUGUCGAGAUCGCUCUCAAGGGCCUUGUCCUCGGCGAAGGCGAGGAGAGCACCGACCCGGUCAAGACCAUCAAGGAGCGUUAUGACAAGGGCGAGAACGACGAGUUUCUCAAGCCCAUCAUUGUUGGUGGCCAGGAGUCUCGCAUCAAGGAUGGUGAUAACGUCUUCUUCUUCAACUACCGUUCCGAUCGUGUCCGCCAAAUCACGCAGGUUAUGGGCGACGUCGACCGGUCAGUCCUCCCGGAUUUCCCCUACCCUAAGAUCAACUUGGUCACCAUGACCCAGUACAAGGUCGACUACCCCUUCGAGGUUGCUUUCAAGCCCCAGCACAUGGGCAAUGUGCUUGCUGAGUGGUUGGGCAAGCAGGGCGUCAAGCAGGUUCACGUGGCCGAGACGGAGAAGUAUGCCCACGUCACCUUCUUUUUCAACGGUGGUGUUGAGAAGGUGUUCCCUCUCGAGGUCCGUGACGAGAGCCAGGAUCUUGUGCCCUCCAACAAGAGCGUCGCCACUUACGACAAGGCUCCCGAGAUGAGCGCCGACGGUGUCGCCGAGCAGGUUGUCAAGCGUCUUGGUGAGGGCGAGUUCCCCUUCGUCAUGAACAACUUUGCUCCUCCCGACAUGGUUGGUCACACUGGUGUGUACGAGGCUGCCAUCGUUGGCUGCGCGGCCACGGACAAGGCCAUUGGCAAGAUCUAUGAGGGAUGCAGGAAGAACGGCUACAUUCUCUUCAUCACGUCCGACCACGGCAACGCCGAGGAGAUGAAGUUCCCCGACGGCAAGCCCAAGACGUCUCACACCACCAACAAGGUGCCCUUCAUCAUGGCCAACGCCCCCGAGGGCUGGAGUCUGAAGAAGGAGGAGGGUGUCCUUGGCGAUGUUGCCCCUACUGUGCUUGCCGCCAUGGGCCUGCCAAUUCCCGAGGAGAUGACUGGCCGCAGCCUGUUGGUCAGGAAUUGAGUGGGCGUAAGCAUAGGUGUUUGGGUUUCGGUAAGUAUGGAAAAGGGGAGCAAGCAAUAGCGAUAGACACGAUAGAAUUACAGGAACGACCGUUAUGAGCACUUGGGCUUUUCGAAUGCAUUGUGUGCCAUGUUCUCGGACGCGUCGUUCAUUGUUAUGCAGCCUACCAUUCUCGCCCGAUUCAUCCGCUCGAGCUGCAGCAGGAGAUUAGUUGCCACGCCCCUGUCUUCCACAGACUCGACACAAGGGUAUCCAACAGUUCAACAUUGAUGCUUCACGUCAAAAUCAUCUGGGAGGGUCGUUGUCCUCAUCAUUCGAGCACAUCACAGAUACAAUCUAUUGUAUUUUCUCCCUUGCUUCCCCAGAAACAUGUCCUCGACGAUCCCGUCUCACCUUUCCCAGCCGCCAUCGCCAUCACACAUUUGGCCAAAAAACAAAAACCUGGGGAACAUAUGGUUCAAAAGCGGGGAACCCAGCUUGUGUAACACAAGAUGCAUACGCUGGAUGCCGUCCUUUCCUUUCCUUUCCUUUCCUUUUCAGCGCUCUCUCGACCAGAUGUAUUGAUCUGUAUAUCUUUUGCUGGAAGAAUACUUUUCUCGGUGAGAGAGAUGAAGCAAGGGAGACGAAUGAGAUGCAAGAUGAUGAUGCGGUGUUCUGGCCGAAAGGGAAAGAAGGCAGGUGCAUGUUACACAGACGUGGCCAUACAACAACGAUGGACUUCCCGUCCGCUUCCUCCUUCUUUCUCUGGUGGGAGCAAGCAAGCAAGCACGGCCGUGUCCCCUUUCCCCUCAUGAGUGUCCCAUCCCAUGCCACCAAUGAACGUCGAGGCGACUGACCCCUUCCCUUUUUCCAUUUCCCUUCUCUUCUCCUCACUCGUCUGUCCCCUUUUCUCUUCCUCUUUCUCUCAUUUCUGCCAAAAGGAAAGCGUCACGAUAUUAUCAACAUCAACCAUCACCACUUACACGGCAUAUAUGUAAAAGAUGGGUCCCGCUAUCAGCUAGCACUGCAACAGCACCGAGCACGCUAAGCACACAACACACAAGGAGCGGCCCCAUUAUCUGGUGGAGACAUUCCGGCUUGUUGUUGACAGUGGAGUCCAUCUACUCUUCCCCCCCCGUCGUCCCCGUGCCUUGCUUUCCAAAAACAAAGAUCUAACGCUAGAAACUAGGUGCCUCCCUCCGUAUGUCCGGUCGCAAGCUCCGUACCCCGUAGCCCGUUCGUUGCCCGUAAUCCUUAUCCCGUGCCCGUCGUCGCCGAGACGGUUCGUGAUGAUGGUGCUCCCGGUGCUCACCUACCCCCAGUGUAUGCAUCAGGGUACCGGGACUCCCAUUCGGUCACACUCUUCUCAUUCACCUCGAGUGAGGGCUGGUAAGGGAGAGCACUGCCCAAUGGCCAGGUCAAUUGAUAUGUUUUCUACGUGGCCCCCCCGUUUCAUGUUCCCUUUGGUGUGCUGGAAUUAUGAGUGCACAAUGCAUGUUGUUCGUGUUGGGCAAUUGAACAUACCCCGCCUUCAGCCCCUGUUUACCCGCUGGCCAAGACAUGAGGGAUUAUCAAUAUCAUAUCAUCUCAUCAAGUGCUGAGAGAUAUCAAAACUGAUGGCAUUCGCAAACACAGCACAGACAGAGCCACGAGUCACUCUCAACAAGUCUAACAAGUGUAUUCUCUCGCUGGAAAAGAAGUGGUGAUGCUGAAACGGCAGAGACAAAAUGAAAUAUUUUUGUGGUGUCCCCAGAGAACUGGGAGAAUCGCGGUUGAGUAUUUUACAGGUGCCGGCAAAAGCCGACAUCGACGGUCAGAUCGUCCUCGAAAGUCUUCCCCGAUCUAGGUCUAAUAUGGGCCCCGUCUAUGGUGCGAUUCUAUGCCAUUAUUCCAUGCACACCCCGCCCAUGUCUAAUAGCGAAUGCGAUUUGGAGAUGUCGCAAAACACUAUUACCCUCUCUCGUACACGCCGCUUCCCCCCACUCUCGCUCCCGUCUUGUCGAUAUGUACAGACGAUCGCUCCCAGUGAGGCAUCGUCGCCUAUCCCGCUCGGUGGUGGUGAACCGCUUAGGUCUGAGGCAUUUUGUUAGCAAGGCGGGGUCGUUGACUCUGGCGGACCUCCGAAGCAAAACACUUACGAACUUGGCCAUGAGGGCAACCAUCAGGUCGAAAAGACCAAUGGCCUCGACGAAAGCGAAACCGAGAAUGGCAUAGGAGAAGAGCUGGCCACGGAGGGCGGGGUUGCGGGCAACACCGUUGAGGAGGGCGGCGAAGACGAGACCGAUACCGAUACCGGCACCGGUGAGACCAAUGGCGGCAGUACCCAUACCCAAGUUCUUGGAGACCUCGACCAUGGCCUGGGCGAUCUCAGAAGAGUAGGCACGCUUCUGGGUGAUCUGGCGGGUGGCAGUGAUGAUGGAGGACAUCUGCUGGCGCUUGACGGCCUGGAGGGGGGUGGCCUUGGUACCGGCUGCACACACGAAGAAAAAAAGAUUGUCAGACCGAACGAACGAACACUCUCUCGGAUGGUUUCAUGGUGGUUUUGUCUUUGGGACGAUGGGCGACUUCUUGAACAAUUCGCUCGUCUCUUUUUUUUUUGUGUGGCAUGAGGUUUUGAGAUUUUGUUCGACUCUACUCACCAGUGAAAGCGCGGGCAGGGACGCGGACGGCAGGGCGGGCGACCUUGGUGGCCAUCUGAGAGGCCAGUCUCGAGGCGAGAACACGGGUGGAGGCCAUUGUGUCUGAUGAGAAGGGGGUAUGCAGAGGUGAUGCAAAAGACGGGGAUCGAGAAGAUGCUCUUUGGAGGUGAGGCUCGACUGCUGAGUGGGAGAGGGAAAAAGAGGAGGAAGGGAAAAGUGCGAGGAAGAACAAGUGGUCAGCUGGGGAAAGCGGAACCUCGGGCUGGUCCGGGCAACGGGCUCGAGCAUCGAUGAUGGGCGACGUGAGUGGUCAAUUCGAGGGAAAUCGCUCCACCGAGAGCUCUGAAAGUGGGUCAGAAGUUGGAAUUCCCAGGUCUGCGAGGAGAGCCAGAGGGAAAAUUUUGCUGUGCGGCACUUGCCCAGCAGCUGUACCGCUUUUCCAGGGGACGAAAGGGAAUUCCGCCGGGCAAAGCCGGAUUCUACAAGAGGUUUACGGAGGGACGAACAGCAGCAGCAGCACCAGCAACCAGGAGCCAGCAGCACAGCUCGAGCAAAGCAACAAGCUCGGUGACGGAGGGGGCAUGAUUCAUGGAUCCGGCAGCUUUCUACGGAGCACGGGAGCCAUCGACGAACCUCUUGGGAAGCUGGGUCCUUGGACCUAGACAAGGCAGCACAAGCUUGGUCCUGUUCGAACCCAACGAAGCUCUCGGUUUUUGUGUCACUGAAAAUUUUCAGCUUGGGUUUGAUGUCUGAGGUUGGCGCGGCUCCUGUUUUCUAACCAGGGUCUAUCGUAAGCCCCCACGAGGCCCCCACUUAGCGGCGAUUUCCCGCGACCUCACUUGUUGAGGGCCGAUAGCCGUCCACUUUAACUCCACCACCAGAACCAGGGCCGGGCAUGACGACAGGAUGUGAAAAAUGCCUCUUUUUCGAACUGAGGGGCAUUUGAAGCUCCAGGAAGCUUGGGAAGCUUUCAACCAUCGGGCUCAACUGGUAGGAACUGGUUUUGACUCUGAUUGUCAAUUUUUGAAUGGAACUCACCAUAAUGUCAAUUCUCGAAUCUUCCCAACGGGAUCAACUCCGACAAACACCGCUGUUGCCGCAAAUGUUGUGUAACGGAUGAGCGCGGCAGUGUUGGCAAAAGGGGGAGGGUCGGAAGCUUCGCUGGUUGGUCGAACCACAAAACUUUUGACCCAGAUCGAACCUUGAAAGCUUCCAACGAUCUGCUCGGUAAGGCAGCAUGACGGAAUGGAGGGAAAAAGGUAAGUCGGCGGUGAAAAAUGAUAGUCUUUGCCGAAUUGGUUGGGUAAAUACCGAAUCGGGCUACCCGGGUGGCCGGAACGCUGCCGGGUUAAAUAUGUUUAUGAUGAUUGUGUUGCACAUGAGCCGAAACUGGUGGUGAUAGUGAGAGGCAGUCGGUGAUUGUUGAGACUGGGAGUGACGAGGGUAUUUAUAUCUGGCCGGUGUAAUUUGAGAGUGACGCAUUGUUGUCGGCGCCACAUUGUGAGAUUUGGUGGUGGUGUAGGCCGGGAGAUACCGGGAUGUCUGAGGUGGCUGAAGAGGUCGCGGUUGGUACUUCACCGAGGACCGAGAUGUCUUGUAAUUUAAGACUUAUCGAGGACUGAAGCUGUGGAUGGAGAUCUUGAGCUUUAUGGUCUAUAAAUCAGACGAAAUGAUGAGUUCGAAGCUGCG